AUGCAUCUCCUUUUCUCCGUAUUUUUUCUGAGUCUUGAAGUCCACACUGCGUUCGUUUCAAUUCCCGGAAUAAUUAACUAUUCUGCUGAACCACAUGAUCAAACUACUCUAACAAAUGAAUCAUGCAAGGGUAUUUGUGUUAAAUACUUAGCUUGUCAGGUAUUUGAUUAUAAUUGUGAAAAUAUGAAACUCUAAAAGUUUCAGGCAUAUUACUACAACACAGUGACCACUCGUUGUUUCACCUAUGAUUUCAGCUAUUUGCAAUCAUUUAUUCAACUUGAUACCUAUCCUGCGACAGAUAUUUUUACUUUCAAGGUACCUCUACUAAACAAAUAUAUAGAAUCUUAAAAAUAUUGAACUUCAGGCAGACAUCACAACUUGUUCAGAAGUUAUGCCUUCAGUUUUCUAUUCCUACUCAACUUUUAAAGAACAAACAUACAAAUACACAAAAAAUGGAACUAUUUGGACAACGCAAGUUGUUACUUGA